AUGCUUCAGCCUGCUCUGUCGAUAGGAAAUCUAGGUCAGCUCACCGUCGAUGCGUUGAUCUCGAACUUCUCUAUUCCCUGCGUCGGCUAUUUUGAUGAAGAAUUUGUUGUUCCCGUCGCUGGAAACGACGUAUUCACUCAGGAAAACAGCGGUGUGCUGUCCACUGCUAUCGAAGUCUACCACGCCAAACUACACGAUGCUAUUCCUGUCACUCUAGUACAACAGCGCUCGUCAAUCAUAACUGGAUACGGUCGCGAGUAUGCAGAGCAUCUGUUCAAAUGGAUAAAGUCCGAAAGGUUUCGAGAAACCAUCGUCAUACUCGGACUCAAUUCCUCGAUGCGCAUUGAUUCUCAACUGGCCGGAUCUCAGUUUCGAUACGUCGCCACCCCUCUCGAGGCAGGAAAAAAAAAGCGCUUCGAACGCUGCGAACUCAUCCCCCUGGAAGAGCCGCUAACGGCAGUCCUAAGACCAGGCUCGAUCGCACGCAGGUUACAUCAACUGGCUGAGAAUGAAAAACUACCGCUCGUCGUGCUCGCGAGAUUCGUGCACGGAGGCUACAGCGUUCAGGAAUCAAUUGAAACAGCGAAAUUGUGUGCGCAGUAUUUAUCCUUGCCCAAUGAAAACAUCGAGGCACCCUGGAAACUGCCCACCUCUUGGAAGCACAUCAUGCAAACGCUCCCGUUCGAUCAGAAACUAUUCGGGUGAAUGGAAUAAACAUAAGCACUUGUUGUCGCGA